AUGGCAGAGAGCGCGGAUACAGCAUUGCCCCCUGGCAAACUCCCACAGCCUCGUAAACGUCGGAGGCCAAUCGUCCCGGAUGUGGAGCGCAGGCGUGUCAAGGCCGCAUGCUUGCCGUGCCGAUCAAACAAGCUCAAAUGUGACAACCAGCGCCCUUGCCAACGAUGCCAGAAAACAAGCACAGCGUGCCAUUUUGCUGACACGACUCCGGGCGGUGCUGGCGGGACUCUACGACCAUCUGAACGAGAGCAACUCCUCGAGGCUAUCUUGAAAAAGUAUGGAAUCUCAGUUCCAGAUGACCUCGACGCUCUACGUUUGUACGUUGAGCAUAUGUACAGCUCGCGCCAGACAAACAGGCCGAACCUCAUUGGCCCACAACAUCUGGGGCCUUCUGCUCGCAGCUUGAGUACAACUCCUCAACGAUCUAGACCCGAAGAGCCGACGAAAGAGGUACAAAAUGAGCAAGAAGAUUCGGAUGGUUCAAGCGUGGUCGUAGGUCAUGUUCCGAAAUCACAAACCCACGUCCAUGAUCAAGGCAAAACAUUUUUCAAUGGAGGAUUCUCAGCGUGGGCAUUCUUCGAUAGUGUUCACGAGACCGUGGCACGAGAUCAAACAUCUCAUCAACCUGGAGGAGAGGCUACGACGGCAUACAAGCAUUUCAUGAUCGAAUCACCGGAGGUUCUCUUCAACGAUUUAAGAACAAGCCUAUUGGCCGCGAUUCCACCUCGUGAAGUCCUCGAUUUCCUCACGUCAACAUUCUUUCGCUACUCCCAAAGCAACUUCUUCUGGGUUCACCCAGAGAUUUUCUCCAGAAAGCAGGACGCUUUUCUCAAUGGAACUCACGAGUUCGACCCACAAAAUCGAAGUCCGGGGAAACGGCCCGCCGAGUUCAUUUGCUCUCUGUUUAUGGUGCUUGCCCUUGGCAGCCAAUAUGCUGAUCUCGAUCAAGAUCGCCCACCGCCAGAUCUGCCUGGGCCAGAACUCUCCAACGAUGAUAGGUUCGACAUAUCCGGGAUCAAAGUACCAGCAAUCAAACGAAACCCCGGCUGGAGAUUUUACCAGGUCUCCAGACGCUUGCUUGCCGACGUGGUGUGUUCAUGCUCUAUGACUAGCAUUCAAGCCUGUGCCUUGCAGGGGGUGUUUUUGAUAACGACGAGUGCGCACGACAUUGCAUACAACAUGUGGGGCCUGGCAGUUCGCAUGUGCGUCAACAUGGGGCUUCACCAAGCAGCCGGUGAGGGUGUACUGCAUCCUCACGUAAGAGAAUUGCGCAACAGGCUUUGGUGGAGCGUUAUGACACUCGACUGCUUGUUCGGACACUGGAUGGGCCGUCCCAAAAUGCUCGAUGACAACGACUGCGAUACGCCGUUCCCAGAAGAUCUUCCCGAGCUCCGACUUGAACAGCCGACGGGGUCCGUCCGCGGACAAAUUGCAUUGAUCAAAAUAUGCCGCAUUAUCGACCGCAUCGUGAAGAGAAUAUACCCUUCUACGGCUAGUUCCCCAGGAAAAGGACAGGUAAUUAAUAUGGAGUCUUUUAUUGAGCUCCAAGAGGCGCUUGAACAAUGGAAAUCGGACCUGCCCCCGAAACUCAAACUCAGUCCCACUUCCACACGUGGAACUGUCCAUUUGCAUUUAACUCAGCAACACGCCGUCAUGCUAAUGACUAGAACCUCGCUUAGCCACGUGGCGGCUACUGUGGGCUUUAAACCAAACUCCAAACACUCAAUGAAGACUAAUUUUCUGCUUGAUGCCGCUCGACAAUGCAUAUCGGCUGCUGUAUCUACGAUCCGGUUACUCGCGGGGCUGGAAGAGAGAGGCCUCUUAUGCCAAUAUGCUUUUCAGGAUCCUCUAUACUGUACGGCUGCAUUGUGCGUUCUUCUCCUUGCUGCGAAGUUAGAGCCACCAGGACCAGAAAUGAAGGAAAUCAUCAUCCAGGGGGUCCUUCUUCUCCAGCAGCUCAGUAAGGGAAGUGAAACAGCCAACUCCUCUUUGGAGGGCAUCGUGAAUGGGUUUAAACCUUACUUAAAGCCGCGUAUCAGAGCCCCCACGGAAGGUACACAACCAAAUGGGCAAACGACAAGGGCCCAAGGCCGUAAAGCUUGGGAAGCUUGGAUGAGCCAACCUACAAGACCGGGUUCACCUGUUAUGACAAAUCAUACUCAAGCCCCCAAUCACACCCUGGUAGGCGAAGCAACUCUCAGCAUAUCGGGGCUAAGCUACAAUUACCUGGCGGACGCGAGUACCAACACCAGAGACGACCGAGAUUCAUCAAGGCAGCCUGAUACCGAAACUAUCUCGGCACUCCAUCCAGACUACCAAUCCAUGGCCUUUGAUGACCUUAUGAACACAUGGACUGGGGCGCACCCCUUUUGGUUUUCGGAGCUGGAGGAUGGUGUUGGUGACUUGACCUAA